AUGCAUCGCUUGUUUGCAGAGCUGAAGCCAUCUCUAUCCGUCACUGAGCAAAACCUGGCAGACCGAGUUCGAUACAUCCUGCGCUCCAACAUAUUUGGUGACGCCAAACUUGGACGACUACGACGUGAUGCUGUUCCCUCAUCGGAUGAAAAUGCUACGGCUGGGAAUGCGGCGCCACUAAUUGCGCAGCAAACUGCAUAUGUGGAUGCUGCCGUCAAUAUUCCAUUUGUGGUUGAUUCAGACGAUGAUGGAAUAGUCCCCCACGAACUAGAGAAAAUGAGGAGCAUAUUGGAAGAGUCGAUGCUGGAAACGCGCAGCAUGCCUCUCCAAAAUCGACCGUGA